GUGGCAAACAAGAAUUUUUAAUUUUACAAUAAAAUUUUAUUACAAAUAUCAAACUUUUGUCCAAAUUACAUCUCUGUGCGCUGACUUCAUUCAAUUGCUUUAAGUUUCCCGCGUUAUUCACUUCGCGAUCUAUAUUUUAUAUUUUUAAUGGUUAAUAGUUUUUGAUUUUGGGCUGACCAUCCCUGCUGUGCCGUUGAAAAUUUAGUGCUUUAUUUUCAUUUAUAUUUAGGUGUUUAAUUAAAUUAAUUUUAAGUUUAUUUAUUUAAAAAAAAUUUAUGGGAAGUGAACUUUUUUUCCCAAAUUUUGUUAUUAUACUUUAGUGCAUAAUAUAAAACUUCAAAUAAUUCAGUGAAAUAAUACUGAUUGUGUAUAUAAGAUUAACAAUUUUUCUAAAUUGUUUUUUAAAACAAACGUGUAAUAAGAAGAAUUACAAAUUAUCAAAAAAUGGAUAAAAAUUCUCGGUGGUUAUUCACCAAGGAACAAAUUAUUAAUUCGCCUUCAAGAAAAUAUAAAAUUGAUUUUGAUAAAGAAGUCAAGUAUCGUCAUAUGGCAUCGGGAUUUAUCCAGGAUCUUGGUCAGUCCUUAAAACUUACACAAUUAUGUAUAAAUACAGCUAUUGUGUAUAUGCAUCGAUUCUAUAUGUUUCAUUCAAUGACAAAAUUUGAUAAAUAUAAAAUGGGAAUGGCGUGUUUAUAUUUAUCAGCAAAAACGGAAGAAAGACCCCAAAGAAUUGACACUGUGAUACAUAAAGCUUAUAAAUUUCUUUACAAAAAAGAAGGUACUGCCUCACCAUCAUCUGAACGUUACAAUAAAAUGUAUGACGAACUUCUUUCUCAUGAAAAUAUUCUUCUAAUGACAUUGGGUUUCGAUGUUCAAGUUACUCAUCCUCAUUGUGUAAUGAUCAAAGCUUGUGAACUUAUUAAAGCCAACAAGGAGUUGAAAGCAACUUCUUAUUUCCUGGCAUCCAACAGUAUUCAUUUGACAACAAUGUGUCUUCAGUAUAGGCCUUCAAUUGUUGCCUGUUUGUGCAUUUAUUUUGCCUCAAAAUGGACUUGUUACGAGAUUCCAUUAAGUGCAUUUGGAAAGCCAUGGUUCACUUACAUUGAUCCUGAUGUGACUUUGGAAUUUUUGGAUAGUUUAACAAGUGAUUUUCUUCUUAUUUUUGAACAUUGUCACACAAAACUUAAAAGAGCCAUUGAAACAUUAUCGGGAAUUAAACCUCGAGUUUCCUAUAAUCACAAACUUUUGAACAAUCACAAUCAUGCGAAACAAUUAAAAGAGGAGGCUGAAUUAAAGGAACAAUUCAAAAAUGAAAAUGGAUUGGAAAACAAAUCAAUUGAAUUGUAUUUAUCGAAACCAAAUUCAAUUCUCAGUCCUGAAAGUUUGUUUAGCAAGGAAGAACUUGCAACAUUGCAGGAACCAAUUAGAGUGGAGGAGAAAAAUUUACAAGAAAUUAAGGAACCGAUUAAAAAAAUUGAAGAAACUUGUGAGAAUUCAUUGAAUUUGGAAAAUAAACGAAAACUUUCUAUCGAUGAUGGUCCACGUAAACGUUUUUGUAUUUCAAAUGAAAGUGAAUCGGCAUUAAAAAUGGUUAUUGAUAUUUCAACAAUUUUAAAGGCUUCCUUAACUCAAAAUCCUUUGAAAUAUAUUGAUAUUUCGAAUUCAACAUCUGUUUCAACUACUCUUUCAAAAUUACCUGAAAUAAAUGUUGAGAGCAAUCAAAUGAAAAAUAAAAAUACAAAUGAAUUUGAAAAACAAAUAAAUGAAGUACAAUUAUCAAAUGAUGAGAGAAAAGAAGUGCAAUCGUCAUAUUAUGAAGAUUAUGUGAAAAAUCUAGUCCAAGAACCAAUAAACGAUUGUUUAAUAAAUACAACUGAGAUUUUAGUCAGUACAACUGUCGAUUCAGAGAAAGAAAGUGAUAUUUUUAUUAAUGUCACUGAUAUUUCGGAUACAAUUGUCGACGCUCCACAAAUUAUGCCAAGUAACGUGGUGAGUAAAUGUGAUGACAAUAAUAACAACGACGAAGAAGAAGACAAUCAAGAAUAUAAGCAAAAAUACAAGAGUAAAAAAUCAAAGAAGGAAAAAAUUGAUAAGAAAAAGAAGAAACGUGAUAAAAAAGAAAAGAAACACGAGAACAAUAAUUGUGAUACUAAAUUAAAUAAUAAUAAUAAUUUAAAUGUUAAUCGAUCAAUGACACCAAUUAUUAUAAGUAUUCCAAAAGAAAAAUUGAAUUUAAGUGAUAAUUUACUUUUUUCGGGGAACAAAAUUAAAGCAUCUGAGGGAAAUAGUUUAAAAAUUAAAAUUCCGAAGAAAAUGAUCCUUGACACAAAAUUGGAUUCACCUUCGACCAAUGAAACUGUUCAGGCGUCAAUUAGUUUGCAAAUUAGUCGCGAUAUUCAUAAAAGGAAAACAAAGGAAAUGACAUGGAUGACUCAACAGCAUCGAAUGCAGACAGUUUUUAAUGGAUAUUGAAAAAAAAAAUUACUAUCUACACGAGAAGGGAAAGCAGUCAUUUUUGGAAUAUUGAUAAGCAUAAAAAAUGAUACAUUUGAUAAAAUUACGUUUAUUUGCAAUUUUGAUAUAGGGAUCAUGCAACAAAGUAUUAUUUAUUUAUAGUUUUUUCUUUUUUUUUUGUUACUUAAGAAAAAUGCAUCAAUUAUCCUCUUUAAUUAUCGAAAGUUUAAUGAAAAAUUAAAAAAAAAUAUUUUUCUUUAGACAAAAUUCAAGUCUAACUUUUAUUUAUAAUUUCUUUAAAAAAAUUUAUUUUUAUUGCUUUAAGUUGUAAAAUUAAUUUUUUUUUUCGACGAUAAUUGCAUUUAUCUUAAAAAUUAUUUUAUUAUUACAAUAGAAUA